AUUCCAGUCCAUAAUGGCAAAGGCCCAUGGGAAUCCGAAGAUCCGACCCAAAAAAUGCUAGAGGAGAGACUUAACAGCACACAGGUAAUGAUGCCAGGAAGCAGCCAAGCUGUGGAGGUGGAUGAGGUGGAAGAUUUGGCACAGCUGGAAGAGGUGUGUGAGAGUUCUGUUCUGCUGAAUCUGAAGAAGCGAUUUCAUCGGGAUUCCAUUUAUACGUAUAUUGGCAAUAUGCUUCUGUCCAUCAACCCCUUCAAGCUUCUCAGCAUCUACACUGAGGAUCUGAGACAGCAGUACCAGGGUAAAGAGAAGCACAAUAAUGCUCCUCAUAUAUAUGCCAUAGCAGAUGCUGCCUUUUGCCAAUCUCAGAAUUCCACCCAGGAGCACUGCAUCAUCAUAAGUGGGCAAAGUGGAUCAGGCAAGACAGAGGCUGCCAAGCUCAUUGUCCACUACCUGAAUAGAAAACUCAAAGAAAUAUCUCCCUCUCAUCAGCCAAUGGAUGUUUUGCCCAUUCUUGAGAGCUUUGGUAAUGCCAAAACUAUACUGAACAACAACUCUAGCCGAUUUGGAAAGUACCUACACAUCCACAUACUCCAUGGUGUUGUUGUUGGGACAUCUUUGUCAAAAUAUCUCCUUGAAAAAUCACGAAUUGUCUUCCAGGCUAAGGAGGAGAGAAACUACCAUGUGUUUUAUGAGCUGUUGGCUGGGAUGAAUGAGUGGGACAAGCAGGAUAUUUACCUGCAAGGAGCUGAAACGUAUUUCUACCUAAACCAGGGCAGGGCUUGUGAGAUACAAGGGAAGCAUGACAAGCAAGACUUCCUGCUCUUGGUCCACUGCUUGGAGACAAUUGGUUUACAUGCAGAUCAACUAGCAACCAUUUGGGCCAUUCUGUCAUCAAUCCUGCAGCUGGGCAACAUUUGUUUUAGCUCCUAUGAGGUUGAAUCGUUUGAGGUUGCCCGUAUUUUUAGUGAAGCUGAGGCUCGGAGAGUGGGAAACCUCUUGCAGGUGUCCGCAGAGGCCUUACAGACAGUCAUCACACACCGGGUGACUGAAACAACUUAUGAUAGGAUCUACUGCCCUCUAUCUGUGGAAAGUGCCAUUGAAUCCAGAGAUGCCAUUGCCAAGACGCUGUAUUCUGUGCUGUUUGAUUGGAUUCUUGAACGCAUCAAUGACUGGUUAAUCCCCACAGAGAUGGACAGCACCGUCGGCAUUGUGGAUAUAUACGGCUUUGAGGACUUGAGUGUGAACAGUUUUGAGCAGCUGUGCAUUAACUUUGCCAACGAGCAGCUGCAACAGUUUGUGAACAAAGCCCUGGUGGCCCAAGAGCAGGAGGAAUACAGUGCAGAACAGAUCCAGUGGUAUCCAAUAGUUCUGGAAGACUCUAAUGGCUGUUUGGAUCUGAUCUCAGCACGGCCGUACGGUAUUCUUCGCAUCCUGGAUGACCAGACUUGCCUUCCUCAAGCCACAGACCACACAUUCUUACAAAAAUGUCACUAUCACCAUGGCAACAGUCCUUACUACACCAAGCCCAAAAUUCCUCUGCCAGUGUUCACAAUAUAUCACUAUGCCGGAGCUGUCACGUACCAGGUGCACAACUUUCUAAAUAAAAAUCAUGACCAGUUUCGGCCUGAAGUAUUAGAGCUUUUUGCCCGCAGUCGUUUACAGAUGGUGUCAGGUCUCUUCCGGAAGGUUCAGGAGCGUCACAUCCAACAGAAAGAGCUAGGAAGAGCAAGAGGUUACAGGAGCCAGAUGACAACGGUAGCUGGUCACUUCCAGCAGUCACUUCUAGAGCUCACCACUCGUUUGGAGAGAUGUAAAACUACAUUCAUACGAUGUUUUAAGCCCAACUACGUUAAGCUUCCAGGAAUAUUUGAUGUAGACUACAUGGCCACACAGCUGAGGCAUGGAGGGAUACUGGAGACCAUUCACAUACGAAAAGAGGGAUUUCCGAUUCGCAUCCCCUUUGCUCUGUUCAUGGAGAGGUAUGGUGUGUUAUUAGCCCAGAGAUCAGAAACCCAGUCUUGUGAAGAGCAAGUGGUCACUUUACUGGAGACUGUAGGAGCAGAGGAAGGCCAGUACCAGCUUGGACUCACUAAGGUACAGUAA